CAGCAAUAGGUGGCAGCACAGAGUUGCGGAGAUUGUCAAGGCCACAGUGAAAAAGUAAAACUCAGCAGGUCGGUCUGUGAUUUACUUGGGGGGGUCACUGCAGGCUGCUCAGGAGAGGACUAUGGAGCCCUUAACUCGGUCGGAGGUGUUCGGAGAGCUCAGGAAGGAGCUUUAUGGAGACAAGCAGUCGAGUCAUUCCAGCACACACACAUUUAUCAUCCUGGGGGCGUCUGGAGAUCUUGCCAAGAAGAAGAUCUACCCGACUUUGUGGUGGUUAUUCAAAGAUGGCCUGCUCCCAGAGGACAUCUACAUUGUGGGAUUUGCCCGCUCUGACCUGACUGUAGAGAAAAUUAAGGCGGCAUGUCUUCCUCAUAUGAAGGUCACUGAAGAGGAGCUGGACAGUCUAUCAGCCUUCUUCAAGAGGAACUCCUAUCUGAGUGGUCGCUAUGACGUUGGCAGCUCCUUUGAACGACUCAACAGCCAUCUGUCAUUUCUGCCUGGAGGAGAAACCGCCAACCGUCUCUUCUAUCUGGCGCUGCCCCCUACUGUCUACCACCAUGUCAGCACAAACAUCAGAAACCACUGCAUGAGUUGCAACAGAGGCUGGAACAGGGUCAUCUUUGAGAAGCCGUUUGGUCAUGACCUCCAGAGCUCCCAGGAGCUUUCAGCCCACCUCUCCAACCUGUUCAAGGAAGACCAGAUCUACCGCAUAGAUCACUACCUGGGAAAAGAGAUGGUUCAGAACCUCAUGGUCCUCAGGUAACGUCGCGUCA